UUUUUAUUUUUAUUAUUUUUUUCACAUGAUGGCAGGCACACAGAAAUCAGCAAUCAUUGCACCUAAGCCAUUUAUUAAGAAUGGACUGAGCAUUCCUAUUAUAAUUGUAUUUUUCAUUGGAUUCUUUUUUGUUUCAUCCUUGAAAAUUAGAGUCGUGUAUAGCUCACCUUCUACUUCUGUCGACGCCUGUUCAUCACUUACAUCCGACUGUUACCCAUAUCAAUCCGAAACAGUAGGCGAAGCACAAGAAAUCAUACCCAAACAUGUAACACAUCCCGUCUUACCCAAGCCAACAACAUAUCCUUUCACUAUCGUUACAGCAUCCAGCGCCAACCAUCUUUGCUCUUUAGAGAACUUCCUCUAUUCUUUAUAUGAUCUUCGCUCUCAAGUAGAAGUAGAUGAAUUCCCUCGUAUUGUUGUAUAUAAUAUUGGUAUGAACCGCACUCAAUUACCUGUGCUUGAACAAUUUGUGGAAAAUGGAUUAGUAGAUGACCUUGAAACAUUUGAUUAUUUCAAGUACCCUAGAUUCUGGGAUGUUGCUAUCAAUGCCGGAGAGUAUGCGUGGAAGACGGGUAUUGUUCAUGAAGCCAGUAUCAAAUAUACGGAAAGCUCCAACGGUAUUUUAAUCUGGCUUGAUGCCGGAAAUAUGGUGACACCUGAAUUCUUAAAGACAAUUGCCGGUGUCGUACGUAAGAAUGGUGGUUUUUGGUCUCCACGUUCCAGUAAGCGUAUGGCGGACUGGACCCACCCAGGCAUGUAUGAUUAUUAUCAUGCAGACCCUGAGGAAUAUGCUCGUAAUAUCAAUUGUAAUGGUGCAGCUUUAGGUUUUGAUGCUUCUAACCACACCAUUAUGACGGAAAUCAUCAAGCCUUGGUUAGAUUGCGGUAUGGAUAAAAAUUGUAUUGCUCCUCCUGGUUCCUCUCGUAUCAAUCAUCGUCAAGAUCAAGCCGCGCUUACAUUCCUCGCUUAUCGUAGCGGUCAUAAAUGUCAAAUGUCACCUACAUUUUAUAAACUUCAAACACAUCGUGAUAGCUCCUGUAGAGCCGAUUUAGUGGCACUAGAUAUUCAAGGCAAACUCAAUCAUCCUAGUUCUAUGGAUUACCCUAAAUGGUACGCCAGUAACACUUUACAAUUAUAUCAUCAUCCUGAAUGGAGAUAUGCUCAUGAUGAUGUACCUGAUCAUAUUUCCAAGAUGAUGUACCCACCCGCUUAGAUCACAUCUUUAUACACUCUGUACUAUUAUGUAAAUAUCCUUCCAAAUAUACACCCUUUCUUUUCAUCCCCACCCCCUUUUUUUUCAUUAAUACAUCUAAAUAACAUGUACAACCCAAUAUUUUUUUUUUUUUUUUUUUUUGCUCUCUUUCAAAAAAAAAUUUAUUUCUAUAAAUAUCUCUUUUUAAACGGAAAA